AUGGCGCCGCUUACCAAAGGAAAAAGCGGUAACGCAAAGAAUGCCGACUUCAAACGUAUUAAGGCCAAAGUGGGCAAGAAAGCCCCAAAGCCAGCCAAUGUCACGGACACGGCGUUCCGCGCUGCGUCGUUGCAAACUAGCUCCCAGACGUCCUUCACCAAUGGCGGCGCUCCAGCAGCAAAUCUUUCCGAUGAUGUCUCACUCUAUUCAGCCCGUGGUCGAUCUUUGCAAAGUUUGGCGUCUCAGUUGUCCCAUCCGGCUGCCGCAGUACGCGCAUCCGCUGCGAAAGGGCUGUAUGAUUUAGUUUCCGGAGCAGCAGCGACGGCUACCGGUGCGACUAGCAGUAGUCUCCUGCAAGCGCACUUGUCGGCUCUCAUUCCAGCCGUUGGUAAAUGCGUUGUCGACGAAGACAGCGAGGUUCGAACUGUUGGAACGAACAUCCUCCGUGAAACGGUAAACAAACUGAACGAAAAAGCUACGAUGGCACUGAGGCCAUUCAUCAAACUUUUGAUUGCAUUCGUGGCGUCGGCACUGAAUAGUUUGGAUCGUGAUUCUCGUCGCGACGGUGCCAUCCUUGUCGAACUGCUGAGUUCGUCGGUACCCACAUUGGUAGCACCCUACGCGGUGGAACUGCUACCAGCCUUGAUCCGAUCGCUGGACGAUCGGGACACCCGUUUGCCGAAACAACCCGGCAUCAACGGAAGCAGUGACACCGGCACCAAAAAGCGCAAGCGUAGGCUGCCGAGCGUCGUAUCGAAUAAAUCGACCGCUAAUCUUAAUGGGCGUCACUUGUUGCUGCAGUCCCUUGUCACCUUGCUCCAAUCGGCAGCAACCCUCACAGGUAGUAGUAAAUCCGAAACGCAACAACAGAGUGCGACAGGAGAGUACUUGUCGGAGCCCGAUUUAAUUUUUGGCACUGGAGGGCGAUCCCGAAAUGCUGUGAUUCUCCGAGGUCGACCAACACGACGGCUUGCUCAACUGUCUCCCAUUCAGAAGCUUACCGACUUACCAUCCUUGGAAGCAUUUCGGCUAUCUUUAGCGAGAAACGACGGCCCGAUCAAAGUGGGUUUGAAUACGUCUUUACCUCCGAAAACGGUUCAGCAAUUGUAUCACAAAUUGCGAGAUUGCUUUGUUGAAACAACUCAGCGAGGCUAUUUUGACGCUAAACAAGGCUACGUGAUGACUGUUACCGAUUUGUCUACCUUCUUACUCGUUGCAAAGGCUUUACGAUUGACCUGGGACGUUUUUGGCAACGAAUGGUCUCAGCUUCAAGCAGAAUCGGAUGUCGCUGACAUGCGCAAAAGUUUUGCACAGGCUGUGUCUUUAAUCCUGGAGAUUUUUCCGAUUUCGCGUGCAGACGAAGCAACACAAGUUGUGGCCGACGAUGUGAAUGGUGAGCUGUGUGUGACUCUGGUUUUGAUGGGGCCCACCAGCGCCAACCAGGGGAAGGAGAAAACUGGCUGGGCAGAUAAAGUUGUUGCGCACGUCUUGACUUCCAUGGACGAAAUGCAUGUGCAGUGUCACCAAGCCAGCUCCAUGAGCCCAACUUCGGCACGCUCUGUCUUUGCUGUAUUGAAUGGGUUGGUUUUGACUGGGCUGUGCAAUGUGAAAUCUCAGAACAGAUUAAUUAGUAUGUUCAGCUCCACAUUCUUUGCACCCGAAAGCAAGGACUCAGCUCGAAUGUGCACAAGCAUUUGUCGUCAGGCGACGGAUGUGGCGAACAGGAUCUUUGAAAGGAUAAACUAUGAUAUCGACAAGGCCAGUGAGCCAAUGCAAAAGCUUGCUGUUGAUGUCCUGAAGACUAUACCGGCCUAUUUGGUAGCUUGGGGCGCCAUCUACAUACCGGAAAGUUCGAGCGCAAUAGCAUUGCUCCAUCACCUUGUGCGUAGACUGGGCGACGAAGAUAAGAGCAUGCUGGAUUUGGGCAAGCUGCGCAAUGAUUUGGAUCAGUUGAUGAUGGUCUCCGAAAGCAUGCAGAAGCAAAAGUUCACGACGUGGUCUACGGUCCUUGAAUGCUAUCCGCCUACGCUACAACGACUGUUUGUAAGUCUCAUUAUUAUGCUCGGAAAGCCCAGCGAUAUUACCCUGAAGCUUUUGGGGCGAAUCUCUGCCCGAUGCCAAGCCAAAGGCGACCCUGACAAGUUGGCCAUUUAUGUUGCUCAAUCAAUGUUUAGCAUCCGUAAGACCGUCUCUAUGUCAUCGUUUCUGACGUUUUUGAUUGACGGCACCGGUGUCUUUCUUUUCGAAGAGUCGGCGUUUCACAGUAAACCCAAGACCGAGGGAGAUAACCGGUAUAUACGCCUGUUUGAAUUGGAUAAUGGUGUUCGUUUGGCAGCCACGAACCUUGUCGCGUGUGGAUCCUCGGCCAAGACACUUCCGAUGCUGGAAGCCCUCUUAUCAACAUUAAUUCGAAGCUGUGACGUAACAAAGACGUCGACACAACGUGAGUUGUUCCGGAUUCGAGCUGGUUUUUCGAUUCUGGCACUCUUUGCCUUGGAUCUCCGUCGUCAGGGAUCCAGCAUUUUUGACAUUCUGCCCCGGGCGUUCAAGGUACAAGCCAUGGCCGGCAUCGGACGGCUUCUCGCACACGCACCGAGUCUCGACUCGGAAUCAAACGAAAAUAUCGACAGGGCCCUUCAAGCGUGGAUCCGUCCGGUGGUGACCCUGUUGGCUUCGGAGGACGGACUUUUGGUAGAUUCGUUUACGGUCCUGGUGUCGUCCUUGCAUAACUGGCCCGACACCCACCGGACCAGCGCGGUCCAGACCCUGUUGCUAGUCAUACGGGCCCCGACGUUGGCACCCGUAUUUCGACGUAGUGAUAUUGCGGCCAUGGUGGCGCAGGCUAAAGUCUUGGAGCAGGCCUCGGCGGAGAGUCCGCUCGCAAGCAUCGCGGGUCAAGUCGUGGCGGAACUCGAAUUGCACAUUAGCGGGUGAGCACACUCAAUGACAAGUCGCACGUAUACAACAGUACAAGAAAUGCUCUUUAUUGAAAUGCGAGCGCAACGGUGGCGAAAAAAAAUUGUUUCCAAUCAUCGAAUAACGUUUAAUAGCUAGAGCUUAUAGUAGAGGG